AUGCAACUAGAACCUGGAUUUCUGCCGUCAUUUGAUGGAAGGGCCGUUCAAUAUCCAAGCGUGAAGAACUUGAGGGAUUAUAUGAGUUGGAGACAGGCUGAUUGUAGGGAGUUAACAAAACUCGAACACUUUCUUGAAGGUCACAUCAACAACCUCUACAAUACCACGUUUUGGAAUAUGAUUCUUCAAGGCGAGAUGAGUAAUACAGAGGCAGAGAAGGCAUUGCAGGGCACGGUAUCCGGUGAUAAGAACGAGAUUCUAUUUUCAAGGUUCGGGAUAAAUUAUAAUAACGAACCAGAAAUGUUUAAGAAGGGCAGUGUAAUAUUCAGAAACUACGAAAUCCAACCUCAAAUAGAGAAAAUGUCCGGUGGGUCCAAAGAGGUAGAAUAUGAAGUCGGAGAAGAAGGGCCACCGGCAGAAAUGACAAAAUCUCAAAUAGCUAGGAUGAGGAAAAUACAGAAAAAGGCUACGAUUGCGGUGAUGCAUGUGGAUAUCAUCAAAGACGAUUUUUGGGACAAGCGGCCGUGGAUUCUAUCGAAUAAGCCUGGCAACCUCCCCGGGGAAGGGUGA